AUGGCCUUCGUCCACCAGCCGCUAAUUGCGCAAAUCCGGCGAAUUCGCCUGCUCAAGAUUAUAGCACCAAUAUCCCCUUCUGAGUUCUGGGGUCCAUUAUCGUGCGAAAUCAAAACAGUCAAUAUGGAGUCUGCGCCGCCCUAUUUCGCUUUGUCAUACACAUGGGGCGAUCUGGGAGAUCCAACAUAUAUCAUUCAUAUCAACGGUGGGGCCUACCGGGUCAAAAAGAAUUUGUAUCACUUCCUAUGCUACUUUCGGGGCGAUUCUAGAUAUCAUGGAACCUACCUCUGGAUCGACCAGAUCUGUAUCAAUCAAUCGGAUUUGGACGAGCGCAGUUAUACGGUUCGGUUUAUGCCUACGAUAUACUGGAGAUCUACUUGCGUUAUAACAUGGCUUGGAAUCGACACCGACACCGUCGCCGCAGCGCUCGAUUUCGCGGCUACGAGAUCAGCCGAUGCCCUCACAGUGUUAUUGAGUAACCGCUACUUCACACGGCUAUGGAUUGUGCAAGAAGUCCUCCUCGCUCGCGAAGUCCAUGUACUGGCCGGAACGGUCUGGCUGGGAUUCCAGGACAUGGAGGAAACCGCCCGUGAACAGGUGGAUAAAAUGUUGUAUGGGGUUCGCAAUCCGUCCCUCUACCUACUGUGGGACAGCAUACACAACCGACAAAGUCGGCAUUUAGCACAAUGCAUCGACCGAUAUAGCUCCAAUCACUGUGAAAAACCACAAGACCGAGUAUAUUCGCUCCUGGGUCUUGUUAAACCAGAAGAGCAACUAGCAAUCGACUACGAAAAGUCGGUUCCCGAAGUCUUUGUCGAUGCCGUGAAGGUCCUCGCGAGGAGUCAUUGGAGACAGCACCCUUACACACGGUUCUCCAAAGAGCCUCCAUACAUAACGACUUUUAUGUCUCUCGCCAAGAAUAUGGGGUUCGCACAGCAACUCGAUACUCUGCGCAAACUCACUAAAGAGAUCUAUAACACUAAACCGAGUGCUGCAUGGUACCAAAAGGUUUUGCAGUACCUAGAGAGUAGUUACGGUGCCUCGUAUAGUCAUAUUACAGAUGACGACUAUGAUGAAGAAGAGGAAGUGCAAGAGGAAGAGGAAGAUGGGGGCUAUCAAUACCUCAGUAUCUAAGUUGCCUCAAUCAAUAUAUAUUAUCAAGACAGCAACGUUAGCCCUCUAAGCGGAC